UUGUGUAUGUGUUGAAUUUCGUAUCUGAAGAGGCACAGAAUCCACAGAUUACUCCUUCCCAUUCGCCUCAAUGUUCCAAUAGCAGCACCGCCCUUUUGUAACUUCACUUUCAAAACGUCCAUGAAAAGCAUACACUUUAUAUAUAUCGUAAGUUCGUAUUUUACCUAUCCACCACUCUCUCUCUCUCUGAUUUGAUGUCUUCUCCGUAUCCUGCACCCUUUACACUUCUUCAAUCUCCUGUUCCCGUCCAAUCCACUUUGCUCAAUACCCCUUUCUUCUUCAGCAACAUCUACAGAAGCCACUAUAGGAAAACACAACAUGGUAAGCUAGUUGUCCUCACAACACUGUCACUCUCUUCAACAAAUCCUAACCCACCUGUACAUGGGAAUUACCUGGUUGAUAAAGUUGAGGUUUUACCUAUCAAACAAGCAGAAAAGAACCUGGGUAUUGAUAAGAGAACUAGUAGAUUUCACGUACAAGAAUUGGCAGAUAGAAUUAGAGAGUUACCCUCUAAAGAAAGAACUGAAUUUCUCAGUUCUUAUGUCAAAGAUGGUGGCUUUAGUACCAUAUCUGGAGCCAAUGAUGUGCUCAUGGCUUUGUUUAUAGCAGAAGAUCCAGACUUUGCCUUGAAACUGUUUUCUGAUUUAUCAUCUUAUGAGCUAGAACCAGAUUCUUGGACAUUUUCCAUUGUCCUCAGGUGCCACUGCAAGAAAAACCAGCUGGAUGAGGCUAAACAAGUCUUGGACUAUAUGGUAGAGGAGGGUUUUCACCCAGAUGUUGUAACUAUCACUAUUCUCAUAAAUGCACUGUGCAAAAGAGGUAGAAUGCAGAGAGCUUUUGAGGUUUUUGAUUUCAUGGGCACAAUAGGUUGCAAGCCCACAGUUCAGACAUACAAUUGCUUGUUAAAGGGGUUGUGUUAUGUGGGGAGGGUGGAGGAAGCAUUUGAAUUGUUGUUAAAAAUCAAGAAAGAUUCAAUGAAGCCAGACGUUUAUACAUACACAGCUGUUAUGGAUGGUUUUUGUAAAGUGGGUAGGUCAGAUGAGGCAAUGGAAUUGCUAGAUGAAGCUGUGGAGAUGGGAUUGGCACCAAGUGUGGUCACUUACAAUACAUUGUUUCAAGGGUAUUGUAAGGAGGGAAGGCCUUUGAAGGGUAUAGUUGUUUUGAAGCAAAUGAAGCAGGGGAAUUGCAGGCCCGAUUGUAUAAGUUAUAGCACCCUGUUGCAUGGAUUGCUAAAAUGGGGUAAAAUCCGGUCAGCGCUACGAACUUAUAAGGAAAUGGUGGAGGAUGGUAUUGAAGUAGACAAAAGGAUUAUGAAUCUUCUUUUAAGAGGGUUAUGCAGGAGAUCCUGGAAAGAAAAAGACCUGCUAGAAGAUGCACAUGAAGUGUUUGAGAAAAUGAAAACUGGGUUUUAUGACAUAGACCCCAGUACCUACUGCCUAAUGAUCCAAGCUUUAUGCAAGGGAGGGAAGAUUGAGAAGUCAUUGGACAACCUGCAUGAUAUGAUACGAAUGGGGAAUUCUCCAGGAGCAAUCACCUUUAACAAUGUAAUUCUAGCACUUUGUGCUGGAGACAGGGUAGAUGAGGCUUUGUUAAUUCUGGUCCUCAUGGAUGAAAGAAUAAUAAUCCCCAGCAGAAUGUCUUAUAACCUCUUAAUCGAGGGGUGCAAUAAACGGAGAUGGCCCUUGGCCGCUUGUAGUAUAUAUGGCACAGCGUUGAAGCGAGGUGUGAUUCCCAAUAGCAAGCCAAGAUAAAGAGAAUUAAGUAAUUGAGAGUAUGACUUCGAAUAUAAUAGAAUUGCAAAAAAGAAUUUAGUAGCAGUAGUGAUUGUUGUUGUUGUUGUUGUAGUGAUAGUAGUGUAUAAUUUGAUUCAUUGCUCGAUGUAAUUCUCAAUUAUUGAUAAACUGCAAAAUGUUUCAUUAUAAAUUUAUAAUACUCUGCACCAGUGAAUGUGUGUUACGAAUUA